AGUUGUCUAGCAGAACAACUCGAACGGGCAUCAAGUUAAGAACACGAAAAGACGAGAACUUGAAUCGAAAUAAAAACGAAUAAGUGAUUCUUUCUAAUUUUUACAUUUUAUUUGAAAAUUAAAUUAUUAAAAAUGGUUUACGAAAGUGGAUUUACAACCCGUAGAACUUACAGCUCCAGACCGGUGACAACGUCGUACGCUGUAACGAAAACAAACAGACCACCAAUUGACUGGGAGAAAGUUCCUUUCGUGCCACGGCCUUCACUCAUCUCUGAUCCGGUGACUGCUUUUGGAAUGCGUCGGUCGGACUAUGAGCAGCGCAAGCGAUCAAUACUCGAUCCAAUAAACAGGGCUGCCAUAAAACCUAACUAUAAGAUUGUCUAUCAGCCCAUUGAGCCGUAUGUGCCGACACGCGAUAAGAAUCGCUCGCGUAUCCUGAGCAUGGUGCGGCAGCACAUCGACACUGUGGAAGCCGGUGGCAACACAGCAGCUCGCACCUCUCGUGAUUCCAUCGAUAGUCAACUUCCGCGCCUGCAUCGAGCUGUUUCCGAAGGUCUACCGGUGCGCCGAGAGACCUAUCGCAAUGAAAAGUCGGGUGCGAUGGUCACAAAGUACUCUUAUUAAUUAACCGAUAGCGAAAGAAGUCUUUUCAGCGAAAAUUGUUCAAACCGAAAUCGAAUUGCACGAAUUGACUAAACAGUCUCUACUAUUAUAAUUAGGGCACAUCACGCACAUGACCAUGUAUACAUACCCGCAAAUGUAAAAUCAAAUAUAUAUAUACUACAGUUCACAUACAACCAUACAAAAGAUCUGACACUCUGUUCGUUUUGUAUCUAAUAUUGCCAAUAAUACAUCUUUCAUAAUAU